CAUUGGUCGAUUGCAGUAGGUUAAACUAGGGAUCAUAUUUUUGUUCCUGUGUUAACGAAAAGAACAGCAGUGAGAGAAGCCCGGAUAAGUUUUCAUCAAGGAAAGUUUUUUUCCUCUCCAACAUUAUCAGAAUUUUUUUCUCAUAACUGGUGUCAGCUAAAUACUUAUUCAGCAGAGUUCUCUCUGAAGAUGAACUCCAAUGUGGAGAAUUUACCCCCUCAUGUUCUUCGCUUGGUAUACAAAGAGGUUUCAGCUUUGGCAGCAGACCCACCUGAAGGUAUAAAGAUCUAUCCCAGUGAUGAAGAUAUCACUGAACUUCAUACAUCAAUUGAAGGACCAGAGGGAACUCCAUUUGCUGGUGGCAUUUUCCGAAUGCGUCUGGUCCUCGGGAAGGACUUUCCUGCUGUUCCACCAAAGGGUUAUUUCCUGACCAAGAUUUUUCAUCCCAACGUGGGUCACAAGGGAGAGAUUUGUGUCAACGUGCUGAAGCGAGACUGGAAGGCCGAACUCGGUCUCAGACAUGUCUUACUUACGAUAAAGUGUCUUCUGAUUCAUCCAAAUCCAGAAUCGGCUUUGAACGAAGAGGCUGGGCGCUUACUUCUAGAGGAUUAUGCAGAAUAUGCAUCCCGUGCCCGCCUGUUAACAGAAAUCCAUGCCAUGGGAGGGCCUGGUGGGACGUCAGGGGUGCCUCAGGACCCUAAUGACGGCCCACAGCCAAAGAAGCACGCAGGUGACCCAACAAAGAGAGCGGGACCCAGUGCAGCAGCUGUGACGGCAGCUCUCGGUAAUGGUGCUAAUGGAGCCGCUACCACCACCAGCAGUAGCAAUAAUGCUAAUAAUAUAGCAGUGAAAAAGAAAGCAGAUAAAAAGCGUGCGUUGAGGCGACUUUAAUACCUCAGCAAAAUCACCUGUGUAUGUGUGUGUGAGAGAGGGUGUGUAAAUAUAAAUAUUGAAGUGUGCUGACAACUUUUUUUGGUUUGGUUGGGUUGUCUUUUUACGGUCGCCCUCUGUUCCAGACCACCAGUUUGGUUUGUCCUGUUGGCAUUGUACUCAGAUUAUUUUUUUGUCCAAAACUAAAGACAUGACAACAUGUGUUCCUGUUUUCAAAGAAGGAAGACUCUUGCUGCACAAGUGACACCAUUACACAUCUUUUCUGAAUGUGUGACACCGGUCAUAGGUUUCAAUGUGCUAAUUAAUAUAUAAAAUCCCUGUGGAUUAAUGAGGCAUCACUUUUAUCAUCAAAGGCACUGUUAGGUUGGCAUCAUCUGGUGGUGUUUUUUUUAUUUUUAACUCUCCUACUGAGAUGGUACUGUGUACUGCUCAGCCAGGGCUACAUUUAGGGAGUCAGAGCCUAAACCAGGGAAAUAUUUAAUAAGUCAGGGUUUCAAAUCAAGCCGCUGAGAUGAUAAUGGCAAAAAUGACUCUAAAGAAACAUUGAAGUCACACUGCAGUAAUAUCUUUUUAAAUUGUAUUUUUCAUAUUGUUAACUGAAUAAAGAUAUGAAAAUAUUUAGCAGCAGCAUAUAGGAAUCAUGUCCUUGUCUCAGUGAAGUCCAUACCCCUUGUUAGACUUUUUUCUUCUUGUUUUCCUCCUAAAACGGUUUCACUGUUCAGUAUUUUCAAGUCAUCUAUAAUUGACAUGUCCAUAUUCAGCUGUUGGGUGCAUUGAUCAUCUGAAGGGGAACAGGGUUUUAAGGAUUUACUUUAGAAAGGCUGUAUCACCUGUUUGUACUUAGCACUGACUGCCCCUGUUUUCUUUUCAAAUAGCCAUCUCUCUGACCUGGUUUGCUGAGAACAGAAAAGAAGGAAAACUUCCACCUUUGAUGGGAAAUUGUCCUCCCACUUAGUGCACUGGCAGGGUUUCUUUGGUAGGUUUUCUUUUUGUUCUAAAUGCAUGCGAGGCCUACAUUUCCCAAGGAAACACUGAAGCGCUGUUUAAUUUGGAUGGAAAAGAUGCCAUGGAAACCUGUCAUUGUGCAGGCUGGAUAUUUUGUCAAUUUUAAAUAAUUUAAUAAAAAUUUAAAUACAA